AGAGUCACUGGAACUGAGGCAGUUCUGCAGUAGUCUGAACAGAUAAACUGAAAACAUAACACAGCAAGGAACACGUUAACUAUGUUUCUACCCAACGAAAUUGGACGUCGCUAAGAUAGAUAUCUAGGCAGCCAGUGAAUAGGCGCAAACGAUAACGAAACGUUACAGUGUGGCUAUUUUCCAGACUCGGACAGCAAUCAAGCCGGCUAGAGAGCUGUCGAGAUGCUGUAACCAUGGACAGCAGAAUAAAAGAGAAUCCAGAGAAAACAUUUGAUCUGGUACUACAGGUGGAAUGUCCUUCGUCUGAAAAUGAAGAUCCAGCGGUGUUAUGGAAGUUCCCCCAGGACUUCGGAGACCAGGAGGUGCUGCAGUCCGUGCCCAAGUUCUGCUUCCCCUUUGACGUGAAAAGAGUUUCGCAGAAUCAGGUUGGCCAAAACUUCACGUUUGUGCUCACGGACAUGGAGAGCAAGCAGAGGUUCUGCUUCUGUCGGCUGACCUCCGGGUGCAGGCUGUGCAUUUGUCUCCUCAGUUAUCUCCCAUGGUUCGAGAUUUACUAUAAGCUGCUAAACACUCUGGCAGACUACUUGGCGAAACACCAGGAAAAUGACUUGAACGAUAUGUUAAAAUCAUUGCACGGCCUCCCGGUGCCGAAGCCAAACACCCCUGUCAGUCUGAGCGUGCACUCCUUCUUCAUCGCUCCUGAUAUUAACGGGAUCCCCACCAUUCCCGAAAGCAGAAAUCUGACUGAAUACUUUGUUGCUGUGGAUGUGAACAACAUGUUGCAUCUCUACGCCAGCAUGCUGCAUGAACGACGCAUCAUUAUUACCUCAAGCAAGCUUAGCACUUUAACUGCAUGUGUUCACGGGUCUGCCGCCAUGCUGUAUCCAAUGUACUGGCAACACAUUUUCAUCCCUGUGCUUCCUCCACACCUCCUGGACUACUGCUGUGCUCCGAUGCCAUAUCUCAUCGGCGUACAUCUCAGUUUAUUAGAGAGGGUAAGGAGCAGAUCACUGGAAGAUGUAGUCAUCUUAAAUGUUGACACGAACACUCUGGAAAGCCCUUCGGACGACCUGCAGAACCUUCCCAGUGAUGUGGUCUCGGCUCUGAAAGGCAAGCUGAAGAAGCAGUCCACAGCCACGGGCAGCGGGGUGGCCCGGGCCUUUCUGCGUGCUCAGGCCGCCCUGUUCGGGUCCUACCGAGACGCCUUGAGAUACCGACCCGGAGAGCCAAUCACUUUUUGCGAGGAAAGCUUUGUAGCCCACCGGUCUAGCACUAUGAGAAGCUUUCUUGAAAUGGCCGUGAACCUCCAGCUCUUCAAACAGUUCAUUGAUGGCAGACUGGCGAAAUUAAGCGCAGGAAGGGGCUUCACUGACGUCUUUGAGGAAGAAAUCACAGAGGGGGGUUUCUGUGGAAGUAAUUCAAGGACUUAUCAACAAUGGAUUCAACCAAUGAUGAAAGGAGGUGCAUUAAUUAACACUGCAGUGACCAAGGCCAGUCCAGCCGUGAAGACCGCCUACAAGUUUGCCAAAAGCCAUGCUAAGCAGGGAAUCAAGGAGAUGAAGAUCAGGUUGAAACAAAGGGAGGUUGAGGAGGACGACGGGCCCGUCUGCUCCGGUUCGCCCACCAGCACUAAAAGCCUCUCGCCGAAGAGGCUGCAGAAGAGACGAAAGUAUUCUACGCAGAUGGGCUGUCCUGGCUUUGUCAUAGCUGAUGACGAAGACACUGCAAGCAAGGUGUCGUCGGAGGACAGCGGAGAGGUCCCGUCCUACACGGAAGACAGCGACGGCUCGGGCGAGCUGGACGCAGACGCGCAGGUCCCCGGCCAGAUGAACCUGCUGGCAGAGAUCCUGGACACCCUCAGCACCACCACCUGCACGGAGCAGGGCAGGCUGUCCGCCGCCAAGAGCCUGGACUUCUUCAGGUCCAUGGACGAGCUGGACUACAAGAACAACACCAAGCCCGCCCCUCCCCGGGACAGAGACCCUGGCCAGCCGUCGCCGGGCGGGGACGUCAGCGAGCAGGCGGGCUGGAACCUGGGUCAGGACGACAGCGCCCUCAGCGGGAAGCACCUGCCGCCCUCCCCCCGCCGACAGAGCGUGAAGGUCCCCCGGGAUCCCCCCGAGACGCCCACCGUGUCUGUGUCCGAGCCCGACCCCCCGGCCCCGCCCGCCGGCACCGGCGCCCUGCGCAGGCGGGUGCUCUCCAGACGGCCCGCCCAGCUCGACCGGCCCCGCCAGACCUCCAUGCUGGUCCCCUGGGAGAAGGAGAAGGAGAAGGAGAGGGAGGGGGAGGGGGAGAGCGCCAGCCGGGCACAGGGGCCACGGCAGGGCCUCCUGGAGGAGAUUGAGUCCGUGUACCGCCUCAGCUCCGCCCUCCACGCUGGGCUCCAUCUCUCUGAGCUCCACGGCAGAGCCGAGGAAAAGUCCUGA